AUGGCGUUAGCAGCUUACAGACAUCUUCUCCGUGCGACUCGAGUCGCAUUCAACGAAGAUAUCGCGGUCCUUACCUCCGCGCGCAAACAAGCCCGUAGCACUUUCCUCGCCAACCGAUCUCUCGCUCCCGAAUCACCAGAAUCUAUAGCUGCCAUUGCGCAUGCGGAAGAUGUUGCGCAAUUCUUGAGGCGAAAUGUGGUCCAGGGACAGAAAGCAGAGGGGGAUGAAAAGUAUAAGUUAAACAUCCACGAAGAUACGGAACGAGGAGAUAAUGAUACGAUCAAGAUGCCCAAUGGAAAGAAUGUUACCAUUGAUGGGAAGACGUGUAAGGACUAG